AUGGUUCGCCUCAAACAGAAGCUCUCCACUGUGUCCAUGCCAUCGUAUAUCCGGUCUGACACAGAUCUUUUGUACGGGAAAAAUGCGGGAAUUGCCAACCAGGACGCACAACAAGCCCUUAUUUACUCCGAUCCGUCGAUUCCGAUGGCAGAUGAUGAGACAGCCCUCUUUGAUGAUGCGCGCUCGUUCGGCCCGUCGGCUGCCCCAUCCAUGCAGCCGUCUGUCACCAGCCUAAACGAGCCGCACAGCUCAAACAAAGACCACCGCCUACGCUCCGAGAUGGAGAUCAACGCCCAGCAUUACCAAAAACAGCAAGAGUAUCGCAAGCAUCGAAAGCAGAAGCGCACAUUGACAGACAUCGAUUUUGAGGGAAUUUUGAACAUCAUCGGGGGUUGUAAUCUAUGGCAAAUCACGGUCUACAUGAUGAUUUCUGCGCAACAAGUGCCACACGCCAUGUUCAACUUGUCGGUCGUCUACAUGAUGUAUCAGCCGGAUCAUUGGUGCAAGGUUCACGACUACUCCGAAAGCCAUUUCCGCAAAUACGAGCAGAACUACACAUGGUCUACGGUUCUCAACUCCACCGUCGCGUUCCCACAAGUGUUCAACCUGCAACGGAAGCAGGUGUGGCAUGACCAAUGUCAUUACUACGAUCGAGAUUAUGCGAAAAUCUCGAAGUUGAGUUGGGAUAAAAUUGCAAAUAUGACGACGGAUGUGCCACAAAAGAGAUGCGUCGAGUGGGAGUACGAUACUUCAGUUAUGGAAAGGACGGUUGUGACUGAAUGGAACCGCGUGUGCGACGACAACUGGAGCCGAGCGCAUGUACACCUUUCAUAUUCACUUGGUUAUCUGAUAGGUUGUCUGCUCGGCGGCUUUGUGUCUGACAGAUACGGACGUAAGACGGCUAUCUAUGGCUUCGGCAUCCUAUCGGCCAUUUUCGGGUUCUUGCUGCCAUUUUCAAAGGAGUUUGAGAUAUUCCUUGUGGUUCGUUUCCUACUUGCCGCCUGCAACGAGGGAGCCGAUUUGGCAGCCUAUGUCCUAUGUAUGGAGAUCACUGGUGUUCGGUAUCGAUCUAUCGUUGGCUCCCUGCUGCAGGCACCGUGGGCUUGUGGAUACGCGCUUCUUGCGUUAGUGGCGUGCCUUACUAAAUCCUGGACAGCCAUUCAUAUGAUUACUGUCACGCUGCACGGAAUCUCGCUCAUCUUCAUCCAUUUCUUGCCGGAAAGCCCUCGGUGGUUGAUUUUGAUAAACCGGGUUGACGAAGCAGAAAUUAUCAUCAGAAAAGCGUGCCAUUACAAUAAGUCGAGCCUGCCCAGUGACCUCGAACUCGUACGGCAUGCCGAGCAGCGAAAAUGGAUGAAACAAAAUGAGAAGCCAUCUUUUAUCCAUCUGUUCCGCUCAAAAGAACUUCGCGCUCGCAUGAGCAUACUUUUGGUGGUUUGGAUUGCCACCGCGCUUGUCUACUACGGACUGGUGAUCGCGCUUUCCGACCAGUCAUCACCGGGACGUUCAGUCUUCGAUGGAAACUUCUUCCUCAACAAUGCAAUUGCCGGCGCAAUUGAGCUGCCCACGCUGGUGAUGUGCGUGUUCUUGUUGCGGUACGGCAGAAAAAGAUCCCAAAUGAUCACGCUGUUUGGCGCAGCCGCCCUGAUAAUGGUUGCCAUGGUAGCCACCACGCAACGCCGGACUACGCUUGCCCUCCUAUUCAUGUUACUGGGGAAAGCCUGCAUCCAGGGCUCCUUCAACAUUCUCUACAUUUUCACUUCCGAGCUGAACCCGACGAUUGUGCGCAAUUCCGCCGUGGGGAUCUCAUCAAUGAUAGCCCGCAUGGGGUCGGGAGCUUCAGGAUAUAUUGCCAUUCUCUCCGAUGUCACUCUGCCGAUUGUUCCCAUGCUGAUAUUUGCUGUAUUCGCCGGCUUUGCGGGCAUACUUGUCUUCUUCCUACCAGAGACACAGGGACUUCCGUUGCCCGAUACAAUCUGGGAUGCCGUUACGAUGCUCAAAACCCAGAAAACACCAUCGUGUACCAGUUUUCAGCGGAGUCGAGAAGAGGAGAAAGUCGAGAUGGAGGAGGCUUAUAAGCCGGCUUCCCGCAAAAAUACGCAAAGCAGCGACCGA